AAGGGGGGGGAGUCACCGCCCCAUUGUGCUCCGCUCUGGUUUGAAAGCCGCGCCCUGCCGUGCGCCCACGCUGCGCUGUGAUUGGUCCAGAGGCAGGGAGGGGGCUGGUUCGUGCCAGGCCCCGGCGUGUCCCGGUAAUGCGGUCCGGCCGGCUCCGCUGCCCCCGCUUUCUGAGUUCCACUCUCAGUGUGUGCGGGCCCUGAACGGGAGCUGGCUGGGCUGGGCGAGAUCUGUGCUGCCGCCGCUACCGCCGCCACUAUGGAGAGAGGAGGCGGUGGCUGCGGGAGGGGGUGACUCCGCGCACCUUCCCCCGAUGAGACUGUGCCUGGCCUGGCUGGGCUGCUACACCCUGUCCCUGUGGGUGCUGAGGAGGAGGAUGUGGUCUGGCCCUGCCAGGUACCUGAGGAGCCCUUUAUCCAGGUCCCUCUACAUGAAUAUGAUGGGCAGCCACAGCCAGCCAGCCCCGGGCACCAAGGAGAACCACCAGUGGUACAUGUGCAACACAGAGCAGUUGUGUGAAUCCCUUCAGCCUAUCUUUGUCCAGAGUUACCUUGACCAGGGAACACAGAUCUUCUUAAACAACAGCAUUGAGAAAUCAGGCUGGCUCUUUAUCCAGCUCUAUCACUCUUUCGUGUCCUCAGUUUUUAGCCUGUUUAUGUCUAGGACAUCUAUCAAUGGGUUGCUGGGAAGAGGCUCAAUGUUUGUAUUUUCACCAGAACAAUUUCAGAGACUACUCAAAAUAAACCCAGAGUGGAAAUCCCACAGACUUCUCGAUUUAGGGGCUGGAGAUGGAGAGGUCACUAAAGUCAUGAGUCCUCACUUUGAAGAAAUCUAUGCCACUGAGUUGUCUGAAACUAUGAUAUGGCAGCUUCAGAAAAAGAAAUACAGAGUGCUCGGUAUAAAUGAAUGGCAGAACACAGGAUUCCAGUAUGACGUUAUCAGCUGCUUGAAUUUGCUUGAUCGCUGUGAUCAGCCACUGACUGUAUUAAAAGAUAUUAGAAGUGUAUUGGAGCCAACUAGAGGCAGAGUCAUUCUUGCACUAGUUUUGCCUUUUCAUCCAUAUGUGGAAAAUGUAGGUGGCAAGUGGGAAAAACCCUCAGAAGUUUUGGAAAUCAAGGGGCAGACUUGGGAAGAACAGGUGAAUAGCCUGCCAGAAGUUUUCAGAAAAGCUGGUUUUGCCAUAGAGGCUUUCACCAGACUGCCAUACUUAUGUGAAGGUGAUAUGUAUAAUGACUACUAUGUAUUAGAUGAUGCUGUCUUCGUCCUCAAGCCCAUGUAAGCGUAUACGAAGUAGAAGUCUCCAGAGUCAAACCCAAGAAGCAGCCUCUGAUAGAGGUGUCUGAUUUAUGAUUACUUAAUGGGAGGGAAUUUUGGGAUUGCCAUUCUAAAUAAAUAUCAUGUAAGAAUUUUAAAGGCCAAAAUACUAAUGUAUUUCUUUGUAGUAUCUUUAAAAAGGACAGUUUUUUUAAAACAGACUCUUCAGUUGAGAAUUUUUACCAACUCUUAGCCCAACAAUGCAGUCUGCAUUCCAACAUUAAUGGAAGAUAUUUUUUAUACUUAACUGCAGUAGGGAUCAUAACCAGACAAAAGCAGUAGUUAUGAUGAUACAUGAACUGAUACACAGUAUGGAUUGUUCUUUAAGAUAUCAAGUGAAAAUUGGCAAUACAGCUGUCCAUUCAGUUCAGAACAUUGUUGAAUAUAGAGUUGGAAUGGAUAUUCUUCCAUGUUAAGAAGUUAUUUUAUCUCUGACUGUCAUUCUUCAACACAUCUUUUUAAUCAUGCUAAUAAACUUUUUUUGAGAUGA